CCCUCCCCUUCCCUGCGGCCGCGCGGCGUCGCUCGUCGGGCGUUUGAACCGCGCUUCCGCCAUCUUCCCAGCGCCCAGUCACUGGAGGGAGCGACGCGGAGAGACGCCUCGGGAAAGACCCAGCAUGGCCGCCCAAGGAGAGCCCCAAGUGCAGUUUAAGCUUGUCCUGGUUGGUGAUGGUGGCACUGGUAAAACAACAUUUGUAAAACGUCAUUUGACUGGUGAAUUUGAAAAGAAGUACGUAGCAACACUGGGUGUUGAAGUUCAUCCUCUGGUGUUCCAUACUAACAGAGGCCCUAUUAAAUUUAAUGUAUGGGACACAGCUGGUCAGGAGAAGUUUGGUGGUCUGCGAGAUGGCUAUUACAUCCAAGCUCAGUGUGCCAUCAUCAUGUUUGAUGUAACAUCAAGAGUUACUUACAAGAAUGUACCGAAUUGGCACAGAGACCUUGUACGAGUAUGUGAAAACAUCCCUAUAGUGUUGUGUGGCAACAAAGUGGAUAUCAAGGACAGAAAAGUAAAGGCGAAAUCAAUUGUCUUCCACAGGAAGAAGAAUCUCCAGUAUUACGACAUUUCAGCUAAGAGUAACUACAACUUUGAGAAGCCUUUUCUCUGGCUUGCUAGAAAGCUAAUUGGAGAUCCUAACUUGGAGUUUGUUGCUAUGCCUGCUCUUGCACCACCUGAAGUUGUUAUGGACCCAGCACUGGCAGCACAGUAUGAGCAGGAUCUACAGAUUGCUCAAACCACUGCACUGCCAGAUGAAGAUGAUGACCUGUGAGGGAUGAAGCUGGAGCCCAGCGUCAGAAGUCUAGUUUUAUAGGCAACUGUCCUGUGAUGUCAGUGGUGCAGCGUGUUUGCCACUUUAUUAUCUAGCUGAGCAGAACAUGUGCUUAAUCUUUGGAAUGCUGAAAGAGAUGAAUGGGCUUCGGAGUGAAUGUGGCAGUUUAAAAAACAAAAAAACAAAAUGAAAAAACCCACAAACAAAACUUCAUAUUUUGGACCUGCAUAUUUAGCUGUUUUUUGGACUGCAAUUACUUCCCCUUUUGAGUUUCAAAUCUGAGAUUGCUGCAGUCACAUCAGAGUGUUAAGUGGUUAAUCUUGUUUCUGUCAUUCCCAUUUUUUUUUUGUUUAGAUAAUAAAGUUGUAUUUCAAUUAUCUCUAAGCAAGUGAACUUUAAUGUAUCAUUAGGAAGACUCUUUGAAUUGUCUUCAUUUGAGGCUAAUACUUGGUUGUCUACUGCAUUUCUCAUUCUCUAUUUCCCUUUUCCCUCCUGCUUCUCAUGUUAUCCUCUUGCCGAAUCAGAGCUAACAGUUAACCUUCCUUUGAUUUCCUGAAGCAUGUAAUUAAAGUACUUGAGGAAAGCUGAACUAACUGCCAGGUAUAACUAGAGUAGUGAACACUUGGCUGCUAAGUGUGACUGGAUCAGCAUUCCUGUGCAAAUGGGAAUGUUUGUGGUCUGCAGGGAGUCUUGAGAGGAAAGCGUGUAGUUCAGCUUGCAUAUGCUACCAUUAGAUACAAUCUCUCAACUCUUUAACUUUUGGUAUGUUCUACAAUUUACCUUCAGAGUUCUUUAGUAACCAGAAACAAAUGGCAUCUAGGUCUGUUAGGUGGCCUAAAAGCUGUAUCUUUGCAUGGAACAUCAUUCAGUAGGGCUAUAGCUGAUGAAUGAAACACAUUAAGCAUCUUCAAAUUCACUAACUAGAAAACAGCUGUACUUUGAGCUAAAAAGCUCUUGGCUACGAAGCAGCAUAUAACUGAAACCACAUUUCUAUAUCUAGACUUUACUGUAACUGCACCAAGUUCUUAAUUUGAAACUCCAGCUUAUUACAGCACAAAUGGUGGAAAAUGUCAACUUUUAACACUUAUCUUGUAGAGGUUAAUCUUGGUCAAUAUUAGUACUGCUAGUAAACCAGACAAGUUUAAGAUAUCAUUUUUCAGUAGUGUUUGAGUACAUGAAGCCUUGGAAUUCUUCCGUUUUGUAUUUUUGGUUUCUUAAUAAAGUGGAGCAUUUCAUUUA